AUGAGUCUCCCAAAUCUCCCCCAUGAGAUCUUGCUGCUCAUAAUAGCUGAACUGCGUUAUGCAAAUAAAUUUGGGGCCAUCGCAAAGCUUUGCCAAACUUGCAAGACAGUUUGUGCCCUUGUCCAGCCCGAAUUGUUCCGUCAAGGCCCACAAUGGCUUAACUGGAGCGAUGGAACAACGGUACCUCCGUACAAGGUUGAAAUGGUUACUCUUAUGCGCUUCAUAGAGGCUGUUGUUGAACGGCCUGAAUUGGGCACCUUUGUACGCAAAUUGGAUAUGGAUAUAUUGUUCUUUCCGAGAUUUGAUUCACUGCAGAACCUGCCAUUUGGGCCCCGGAAGGUCUCAAUGGAGACACUGAUGAGAGCCUAUAACCAUUUUCCAGCGGACUGGAAGCAGCGACACCUGACAGGCAAUGCGGGUAUUCAUCCACUUCCGUUGUUCAUGCUUCUAAUAUCCCUGACGCCCAACUUGCAAGAAUUGGGACUCAGUCAUAUCGAGACAGGAUUGGGUGGAUUGGAGCUGCUCUGGGAACGAGAUUCUCAGGGCAUACGCCGCUAUGAUUAUCUCCCCAACUUGAAGAAACUUGUUAUUGUUCUGGAAACCAUGUCCCACGAAUCAUUAAGAAAUCUAAUUCAUCUCAUGCACCUACCCACACUGAAUGAGUUUUCUAUAUGUGGCGCUGACGAGCAUGACCCUGGCUGUCCACCUUUUAACCUCCUCCAACCCGAGUCUCUCAGCAUUACAAUGCUAGACCUAGGAGCAUCUACGUUUACUCCCCCCCUAUUGCGCCAAAUUGUUCGUGCAUGCAAGCGUUUGAAGGUUUUCUGUAUCAGUGAGGCAGUAAUAGACAGGAAGUGUCGACAUGCUUCCCGGGUCAAAAGAUCAAAUAUAUUAUCGAUCUUGGAGGCCCAUAAAUAUAGCCUUCUAAAACUCGAACUCAACUUUAAUGACUGCGCGCCCAAUCCUGGAGGUCCAGAUUGGAGUCACUAUGGCUCGUUUACGUCCUUCAUAAGCCUCAAAGUCCUUCAAGUGGAGCAAAGUGGGUUGCGAGAUAUCCCAGGUCUCCCGAACUCUCUAGAGAGUCUGAGGAUAAUUGAAUGUGACCGCCCUGUGUUUAUGUUUCUGGCUAGCCUGAUAGCGAAGAGCAAAAGCGAUCGGUUAUCUCUGAAAUACGUCCGCAUAUCCGAAAAGUGGGAAUGGCGCUGUAAGGAUCAAAAUUGGAUCCUCGGGAUUGAGCCUACUUGUGAGUUGGAUAAGACUGCGGAGGGUAAAGCAGCAAUGAUGGAGGCAUGCCGACGCUUGGACAAUCUCAUCAAGAAGGCGGACUUCUCAGUCGAGAUUGUUGACUGCGCAGCCUGGGAUAGAUACGUCGCUGAACAGAAGACCACCAACGAGGGCGUUGUGGUUGACAACACCGCAUAG